AUGAAAUACACUUGUGAAGCGAUGAGAAGAAUGAGUCAAACUCAGAUUUCGGAUUCCUACAUCUACCAUCCAUAUCGUCAACGAAAAAACUCUACCACUUCGACUUAUUCCGAUUGUUCAAGUGUCUCCGCAAGUCCUUCAAGUUCAACAAUGACAUCAUCUCCACCACCUCAAACCUUCAAUAAUGUCUAUGAUCGUCUCAAAGAAUAUAUCAGUGAAGUUCCAAAAGAUCCAGUUGUAUGUCAAAUUCUCCUGGACAGUCUCUCCCAUAUCAUUGAGCUCGAACGUCAACUUGCUGAAUUGGAACAAACGGCUGAAAAACUGAAAAUGUGUCAAUCAACUCCACCACCUACUUAUUCUUCAACCAAAUGGCAUCAUGAGAAGGUACCGGAAGACUUGGCUAACGUCGACGUCACUGAAUUCAAGCAUCUCGUUCACUCAGCUCCUCUCGUCUAUGAUACCAUUUCUUACUGA